GUGAAGAAGAAGAGGCAAGAAUGACCCCCGGACUGACCAAAGCCCGCACGCCACUGCAUCCCGCGACCAGCACCUACCUCCCGCCGCCGUCGCAGCCGCCACCAUGCCCAAGAGAAAGGCUGAAGGGGAUGCUAAGGGACAUAAAGCCAAGGUGAAGGACACACCACAGAGAAGAUCCGCGAGGUUGUCCGCUAAACCUGCUCCUCCAAAGCCAGAGCCCAAGCCUAGAAAGGCCCCUGUAAAGAAGGGAGAGAAGGUACCCAAAGGGAAGAAGGGAAAAGCUGAUGCUGGCAAAGAGGGGAAUAACCCUGCAGAAAAUGGAGACGCCAAAACAGACCAGUCACAGAAAGCUGAAGGUGCUGGAGAUGCCAAGGGAAGUGUGUGCAUUUUUGAUAACUGUGUACUUCUGGUGACUGCACAGUUUGAAAUACUAUUUUUAUCACGUUUUAUAAAAAUGCAGAAUUUUGUUUUACUUUUUUUUUUUUUAAAGCUAUGUUGUUAGCACACAGAACACUUCAUUGUUGUUUUUGGGCAAGGGGCAUAUGUCACUAAUAGAAAGUCUCCAAAGCUGGAUUGAUGUGGAGAAAACACCUGUCCCUUCUAGUUUUGAGAGACUUCCUCUUGGCUCCCAGGAGGAGGGAUUCCCUGACUUUGACACACAUGGCCACCUUGGCACAAAAGCCUUGUGGUAUG